AUGGAUAAGUCAACAGUUCAGAAUGAUACUGCAAUUGUCUCAAUAACAAGUGAUGAACGAGGUGAGAUAUUAAUGUCACCUGGGGAAAUGAGUAACGGCAAUACACACUUUUCAUCAGAUCAUGAGAUAACAAUUUCACAGUCGGUAAAACAUAUUAAACAUUUCAUUCGGCACUCUCAAGAGGAAUUAAGAAACAAAAUACUUCCUGAUCAUUUAAAAGAAGGACUGGAUAUUGUGAUAGUAGGGAAAAGUCCGACUUUGACUUCAGUAUAUGUGGGACAUCAUUAUGCUGAUGGUAGAGACUACUUCUGGACAUGUUUAUCAAUGGCUGGUUUGGUUCCAACGGAUGUCAGUUGCUAUGAUGACUACAAAAUGUUGGAUUAUGGCAUCGGAUUCACUAAUUUCUCGACAACACCAACUCCACGAACAGGUAGACUAACACGUAAACAGGAGAAAGUCGGCAUAGCUAUUAUGCUCAAAAAAAUGAAGAAGUACACACCUAAAAUUGUUGCAUUCAAUGGUAAAUCUACUUAUGAGGCAUAUGUUGGACACAAGAUUUUUUGCAUGGGCAGGCAACCCAUAACUUUACAGGGGACAGAUACAAUCACUUUUGUUAUGCCGUCUACCAGCGGAAGCUGUACACAACUUCCACGUGCUGAAGACAAACUGCCUUUCUUUUUGGCUCUGAGAAAAUACGUGAUUAUGUACGUGGGGAUUUAG